CUGUCAUCUUCGACCAUCGUCCACUUCACUGCUGUCAUGGGCAUUCGACAACAAUCCCUUGCCUUCCACUCGGCCCAUAAUUCUACAAGUGAGCUAGCAGGAUUGAUCUGGAUCGGCCGAUUAUUGUUCCUCGAGUAUGCCUUGCCGGUCUAUAGCUAUUCUACUCUGGUUUACGAAUGGCCUCGUCGAGAUCAUUAUCCAUCGCAGCCUGACCGCUUGGAUGCGAUUCGCAAGAAGUACUUGAUUCGAGGCUGCUAUACCCCAUUCGGAGAAAUCAUUGAGCUUAAAGCCUUUGCCAAGUCAAUUGUUAAGAGAGAAGGCAUCCCCGGAAACCUCUCCUGGGAUCCAGACGGGAAGUCAUUUAUAAUCGGACAUGACAUCAAGUUCAAGCUUUCUGAAUUUUGCGCAACCCAUUGCAAAGCCAUUAAACUCGUGGGAGAG